UCGGGGAUACCCGGUGAUAUCACCUGAAAAAAAUCAUUCAAGUUCGGUAUCAUCGCUCGAAGAAAUAGAAUUGUAUUUGCGGUCGAAACACUCAAAAGCCACUGUUCUGAUUCUGUUUCUGUUAAUCCACGACUGAAAAUAAACGGCACAUUUCAUCAUUUGAAAGGUUUCGUUUUAGAAUGGUGGGGGAACUGCGCAAAGAUCAAUAGCUAGGAGAAGAGAUGCCGCAGAAGCGGUAUAUGUUGAAUUUAUUCCUCCAAAGAGUCAAUUUUACAAGCAUGAUUUUGAGGAGAUGAAAUAUUGAGGUUCAUCUUGAGGAAUGUGGACAUAUCAUUACUCAAUUAGAGGAAAUUGAAAUCUUCAUGUAGAUACUGGCCGGUAGUAGAAUAAUGACUUCGAAAUCAACUGUAUAAACAUUAUGUUAAAGUGUAUCUUAUUCUUGAUAGCUAUUUUGUUUUUAAUAUUCGUCGUCUAUGUUGAAGCCGAGUGUCAGACCCGGAAAAUUUACUGCUAUGAAUGCGAUAGUUGGUCAGAUAUCAGAUGCAAGGACCCUUUCAACUAUACUGCCCUGCCUAGGGAUUUACCCCCCUUGAUGACCUGCAAUGGAUGCUGCGUCAAGAUGGUCAGAAACUCAAAAUCACCUUACGAAGUGGUCAGAAGGACUUGCACAUCCCAGCUUCAGAUAAACCUAUUUAUGGUUGAUCAUGUGUGCAUGAUGGAAAGUAGCGGGACUGGUCACAUGUGCUUUUGCGAGGAAGACAUGUGCAAUUCUAGCCCAAAACAAGUCACACCUUUUUCCUGCCUGAAUCUAGUAGUUCUGGUUGUAAGCCUGUGCAUGCUAGUUAGACCAUGAUAGUCAGAUCGUAGUAUUUGCUUCAAAUGGCAAUAAGAAAUCGUGAACACCACCUCAUGUUUAAAGAUAAUUUAUAAAGAAUCGCCAUUUUACCUCGAGUAGGUAUGAAGAAAGAAAUUUAAUUUUGAAAAAAAAUAUAAAUAAACUUACGAUUAAGAAAAUGUAAAAUCGUGUCUAGUUGGAAAUAUUUUUAUAAUUCAAUAACCUCGAGUUGUAAGUGAAAAUGCAUACAUUUAUGGUGGAAAAGAACGAUGAUUUGUUCAUUUUCGGCAAGAAGUAGAGACCACUGUCAAUAUUUGAUCCAAUAUCUAAUCAAUAUAAUUAUUAGGCAAGACGAAAGAACUCAUUCGCCUUAAAUACAGGGUAAAACUUUAAAGUUUUAAUCGUAAGGAGUUAACAUCAAUAGUUGUAAUAGAUGAACAAAUCAUUUGUUUAUCACUUUUUUACUUCAUUUUCUACGACAGCAUUUUUUUAAAUAUCUUGAAUAAUAAUACUCUUAAGGAGAAAAGAUCAAGUUUACCAUAAGCAGUAUCAUAUUUGAAAAUCGAAGAUUCCCUUCAUUCAAAAAAUUACCCUUUGGUGGAAGACAUAAAUUUAAUAUUUAAGUUUGGUUUCUACAAGAAAUAAACAAUCAAAUAUUCAACGAUCAACUCUUUCCUAGACAUUCUACGAAUAAACUUAACAUUCCCAGAAUAAUUGUUAAAAAUAAGUUUCUCAGUGAAAAAUAUAUAUUAUAUCUACCUGUGGCGUUUGAUAAUAUUUGACAUCUUGUAAGGUAUUUUCAUUGAAAAAUAAUUGACCACUUUUCAGCUCAAAUCUUUCAGCUUUCGUUCACGUAGUUCUUACCUACUUCAGUAAUGAAAAGUUUUCUGUGUAAACUCAUAAUAUAGACUGGAGUGAAUCAAAUAUUUGAUUUCAAAUUCCAAUCAAGUAGAUAGUUAUUUCUGGUCAUCUGCAUAAACACGGAAGUUAUAUAAAUAUAAUAAAAGUUUAAUGAUGUUCAAAAUUGUUGCUUACGCUACUUAUAGUUAGAUUCAAAACAAGAAACAUUGCAAAACCUUCAUGAGCGUAUGAAUUAAAUACAAAAUUCCCACAAUCUCAUAAUUCAAUUGAAUUUAUCCAGUUUGAUAUCCGAAGUACCUAUAGGUACAAACGUUUUUAACCUUCUUCUCAAUUGAAAGUAUAAGGGAAGACAUAUCAGAUCUAAAAAAUUGAUCCCACGGUAGAAAGGUUGAUUUCUGAAUGUAUUCAAAUGUUCUGUUAGAUAAACCAAAACUACGCGUUUGAAAUUAUAAAACAAAUAAAAAUGUGAAUACUCCUGCUGAGAAAAGUUUUCUAAGUGGUUCAGCUGUUGCUGUAAGUCAGUUUAUAUUUAAAUACGGAUUACCCAAUUUAAAUGCGGUUCUACUCUAACAAUCUCUUUUCUUCGAAGCAUAGUAACAAUGAUAUCAAUAUAAAAAGAAGCUACGUUUAUUCCAGCAUGGUUUUUGAGAGUUCUAUCACGUUCCAAAAUACUAUAACGACAUGAAUUGCAAAAAUGUAUAGACAAAACUUGGGAACACCCCUGUCAAAUCAUUCAUAGUUAUUCAAUUUAUUACGGAACUAGUUUCAAAAGAAAGAACGUUUAAUAUCACUUACAUUAGUACAAUUUGUGUAUGAAUUACAUAACAUCUUUUAUGUCCAAAAUUUUAAUGAAUAUUUUAUUUGUUAUUGAAUAAGCACUUGAUAUUAUAAGUUAAAUAAUUCCUAUUGGAGUUAUACUUGAAUUUGAGAUUUAUGUAAUUAGUUCUGAACCAAUUGUGAACUUUCUGUAUAAACAAAACUAUAAUGAUUCAAUUUAAUAUAAUUUCUUUUAUGUUAUUGAAUAAUUCAAUGUUUUAGGGGGAAUGGCACAAAUAUAAAUAAUAUAUCUGUAAUUAAAUACAUUUGCUCAAUUUAACUUGAUUCAAGUUUUAACAUUUUUCAUAAGGUUCGACAGAAUAUACAAAAUAAUUAUUUCUCAUUUUAAUUUUUAAAUUGAAUUGAAAUACAGGAAUUGUAUUAUGAAUUAGACAAGUUAUGUCAUAAGUCUUAAAGGAAGACAUAGUUUAAAUUGGGUUGAUAAAGUACCUAUCUACAGUCAAGAGCCAUCAAACUGUAAAUUAGAAUAAGAAUUUGAAUUUGUUUCAGCAUGAAUAAUUGUGUUUGAAAUUUUCUGUUAGAGAAAAUUUCAGUAAUGUUUCAUGGUUGCAUGUAUUUGGUCGAAAAGUGAUUCACUACAUUUAUACCUAUUGAAUAAAUUCAUUUGAAUGAAAAUUAAACAUACAUACAAAUUUUUCAAGAAUAACAUGUAAUGAAUAUUUUUCGACUGAGCAUUUUGAAAUUAACAUUAUUAUUUUAGACAGAAAAUUAGUUCUGUUAAGUGAUCCAAACUUUCAACUUAAGUCUCUAGGUGUGUUUAUUAUUAUUUACAGAAUUACACAUCGGACACUAAACAUAAAAUUGAAAUAGAAUGUAGAAUCAUCAACCACUUUGCAUGUUUUCACAACUUAGAGUCACGUAGUUAUAGAAAAAAUUAAAUGAAAAGGUAUUUUGAAGUUUCCUGUUGUGGGGGGAAUUUGACAGCAUGCAACCCUAGAGAUGAAAGCAUGAAAUGCAACAUCUAGAGAUGCAAUGUUCGCACUUAGAGAAUGAAAUGAAAUGGCAUGGAUUUCAGACAGACAUAUUUCUUCCUCACAGAAGAAAUGAGGCCAUAACGCUAUUUACAUUACUGUACAUGUUAUUUAUGUUACGAAAUUGGUUGAUUCGAAAUAUCCAACAUGAUUUCGUCUGCAAUCAAUUUCUUCAAAUCUGUGUAAGAAGAAUUUACUGUGUAAACUAAAAAAAGAACAUAUAAGAAAAAUUUCAUUGUUAUUUAUUGUAAUAAUAUCCAAUAAAUUUAUGACUUAUUAA